AUGCCAUCAAACACCCUCCCACAGGUCCCACCCCAAGAAGUCGGCCACUUCAACCCAUCCCCCAACAUAAACCCAUCUCCAAGCACAACAACAAAGUCCUAUAAACUAAACCACCUGGCAAUCCGCAUAACAAACCCAACAACAUCCCUUAACUUCUACAUCAACCUCUUAGGAAUGCGCAUAAUCUUCACCAUGAACGCGGGCCCCUUCACAAUCUACUACCUAGGCCACCCACCACCUGACAUCGACACCGCCGAAGAAUUGGACUCCUGGGCCACCAAAACAUCCGAGAUUCCCAACAUGACUACCACAUCUGGGUUAUUGGAACUGUAUCAUGUGCACAGGAGUGAGAACCAGAACCAGAGUUCUGGUGCUGAUGGUGAUGAUGUGGGUGUAUCGACUGGGAAUACACCUCCCCACCUUGGAUUCGCCCAUCUGGGCUUUACGGUUCCGGACGUUUCUGCUGCUGUGGCGAGGUUGAGGGAGGGUGGUGUGACUAUCCUGAAGGAUGUGGGUGUUUCAUCGAGAGAAACUGUGCCGCUUUCGGAGUGGGAAGCUGAGCGGGGGAUUGGACGUGGUGAGAUUCAUGAGAAUUAUGCAUGGUUUUUUGAGAAGUUUGCUAUGGUUUCUGAUCCGGAUGGGUAUACGGUUGAGUUGAUCCCUCAGAGUAUUUGA